AAAAAUACCAAACAAGUAACUUUCCUCCGUGCAGAUCUGCUGUUCUCCUCCUUCAUUCUUCCACUCCAAAAACUUCAUUUCAUCAUAACUUUUUCAGACGGCAGCGAAAUCGCGCAAGGUCGGAGCCUAUAGAUUCGUAUCAGAACCCUCUGCCAUCUGAUAUGAUACCCGCACCUCAAAAUCAACUGUGUUCAAAGAUUGGAGCCUAGAACAGUGACGGUUUUUUGGCGGAGUUUUGCUGAUUCCGGCCAAUCCCUGCCGGGAUUUGGUCUCGGCCCAAGAGAGAAAGUUGAUCCUCUCCUAACGAUCUCUCUACCUAUCUCUUCAAUUUUCUCUGCCAGAACCUGUGGAGAAAAAAAAAAUUGAUUUUUUUUUUUUUUUAGUUUUUGGUUUGUGGGUUUUUAAUUUUUUGAUUUUUUGUGCAGGUAAAGGAAGAACCCAGAAGAGAUAUGUUCACUGAAGGACUUGAUAGCAGCGCCCUUCAUUGGGUUAGAGAGACUCUAAGGGACACCAUCCAUCAAGAGUAUCGUGAUGUUGUCGAGAGGCGAGUUUUUACAGUAACGAGCGUAAGAGCUGAUGAAGAGACAAUUGAAAGAUUAAUCGAGACAGAAUACAGUGAACAUAUUUUCCGGAUGGCAAUCCAAGAACAAGGUGGAGGCCAGAUAAUGGACACUUUGGCCAAAAUUCAAGAGCGACAUGAUGCUGUUAAAGAUCAUGAGAGAAAGCUUCUGGAUUUACAACAGGUGUUUGAAAAAUUUCAACUCUGCAAGUUGUAAAAAAAAGGGUUUCAAAGUAUUGUGCUUUCACGUUUCGACAUCUUUCCGUUUCUGUUCCAAGGAUUUCUGCACUGAAGGUAAGUGAUCUAAACUUUGAUAUUCCUUUUAGCUUUAAUCGUGUUUAAAUUUAAGUCCUAAUUUCGGUGGUUUGUUUAUAAUUAGUGUGUUUAUGUUGUUUUACUGUGUGAUUUAUGUGUUUAUGUAUGGGAGUCUUCAAAAGAAAUUCUGUGUACAAAGAUAUUUUGCUUCCAUCAAAUAUAUGAUAAGGUUGCAUUCAUUCUUUUGAAGGGAUGUAGUCAAACUCGGAUUUGAGAAGAUUUUAAAAGACUUUAAAAUCCUAGUGUUGUCAAUCAAAAGAUUUUAGAGGAUUUUUAGAAUCCAUGCAAAUCUGGAUGUAGUCAAUUUAGAUUUUAAUAGUCAUUUUUAAAGUCCAUCCAAAUCUAGGUGUAUUGAAAAAUUCAAGAUUUUGUAGGAUUUCAUUAAGUUGUGGAUUUUGUGGGAUUUGUGAGUAAGAAGUAUAUAUAACUAAGACCAAAUAGAAUCCUACCUCACACCUUAGGAUUUCAAAUCCAAGAACCUCUCCCUUUUCCUCUCACACUUUAUCUUCUUCCUUCGUUUGGGCAAUUUUUUCUUUAUCUUUGCAAAUUUUCUACAAUUCUUUUUGCAAUUUUGUGCAAUUUUUUCUUCAUGGCAGAGAAGGGGAAUUAUCUUGCAAAUUUUGGAUGAAUGAAGUAGAAGAGUGCAUCCGGUGUGUUGUGUGACCGUCGUAUGCCAUUGAAGCUCAAGGGAAAAUUUUAUAGGAAGGCAAUAAGGCCGGCGAUGCUGUAUGACAUGGAAUGUUGGGCGGUCAAGCAUCAACAUGUACAUAAAAUGGGUGUAGCGGAGAUGAGGAUGCUUCGUUGGAUGUGUAGGCACACCAGAAAUGAUAAGAUUAGGAAUGGGGAUAUUCAAGGUAAAUUAGAAGUAGCCGAAAUUGAAGGAAAGAUAAGAGAAAAUCGAUUACGGUGGUUUGGACAUGUGCAAAGAAGGCCUACUGACGUUCCGGUUAGAAGAUGCGACUAUAGGACAGAGGUCUAGGGUUGAAGGGGUAGAGGAAGACCUAGGAAAACUUUGAAAGAGACUAUAAGAAAAGACUUAGAGGACUUGGAUCUAACGGAGGACAUGACACAGAAUCGAGUGCAAUGACAUUCAAGGAUUCAUAUAGCCGACCCCAUUUAAUGGGAAAAGGCUUUGUUGUUGUUGUCGUUGGUAGAGAAGGGGAAUUGGAAUUGGGUUGUGAAGGAAGAGGAGUAAAAUGGAAGGCAAUCUCUAUCUGGAAGAGAGUCGCGCAAGAUUGUAGAAAGCGAGCUUGUUUUUUGCAAAAAAAUUGCACAACCCAUGGUUGCACAAGAUUGUAGAAAGGAUUGGAAGAGAGUCGCGGAAAACAAGAUUAGAGGAGUAUUGACAAAAAAAAAAAAAAAAAACAAAAAAAACAAAAAAAAAUUGGAGAGAGAUGUUAGCUGGAACGGAAAAGAGAGAAGAAUAAAGUGGGGAGGAAAUAGGAUUGGAAAAGGGUGCAGUUGGAGAUUUUUGAGUAGUUGGGUUUAUGUGAUAAUCUUGACUUUUUUAUUUCAGCUUUAUUUUAGUGGAUUUAUGAUCUAGAUACAUUUGUCACCAUUUGAUUUAUUUGACAGUCAAGAUUCAAUGCUGUAAAAUUUAUUAAAUCCACACAAAUCUGUUAUAUGAA